UUCUUAAUAUCUCACUCUCUUUGCGAAAUGAAGUUCAAGACCAUCUUCUCUGCUGCCACUGUGGCACUUGCACUUUCCGGAUCUGCCCUUAGCAUGGUGGUAGGCGGGUACUACCCAUCGUGGAAGAAAGCGCAAACGGCAUCUAUCGAUCUAAGCAAGUACACGCACAUCUACAUGGCGUUCGGUAUCCCGUCUUCCUCUGGAACCUUUGCUUUUGAUGGCGACUGGUUCCUGCCGCAGGUUGUCAGCGACUUGCACGGCAAGGGCGUCAAGGUGUUGAUGUCGGUCGGCGGAUGGACCGGAUCAAACCACUUCUCAAACAUUGUGAAGGACCCAUCAACCAGCGCGAACAUGGUCAAGAGCUUCGUUGACUAUGUCAAGACAAACAACCUCGACGGUAUUGACAUUGACUGGGAGUACCCAGGGCGCCUUGGUGACAACUGUAACGUUUUCGAUCCCGCGAGUGACACCCCAAACUACCUCAAGUUCCUUCAGUCGCUUCGUUCCGAGUUGGACUCCGCCUUUGGCGCCGGCAAGAAGCUGAUAACACUUGCGCUUCGCGUCCAACCCUUCGAUGUGAACGGCUCUCCGUCCUCGGAUGUCUCUGAGUUUGCCAAGGUCGUUGACUACGGCAAUCUGAUGCAGUACGACAUCAACGGCGGCUGGAACCCAGAGACCGGGCCCAAUGCGCCGUUCAAUUUCGAGCAGGGCAAGGGCAUGCAGGUCUCGUUUGUGUCUGCUAUUGAGGACUGGACCAAGGCUGGGUGGCCGGCAAACAAGCUGGUUGCGGGUGUCGGCUUCUAUGGACGCUCCACUAUUGCCAAGGAGGACAUGUCCAAGGAUCCCCAGAACCAGUACCAGCCGCAGGAGUCGGUUGUCCCUCUCGGUGACUCAGAGGACGCCUCAUGGUACGAUGUCUGUGCUGGGUCCACUGCCAACUCUGGAACCUGGCAGUGGAAGCACCUGCGUGACCAGGGCGUCCUGACAUCGGCCAAUACUGCUGCGUCUCCGUGGGUGCGCCAGUGGGAUUCCACCUCGCAGACGCCCUGGCUGUUCAACCCGUCGACCAAGCAGUUUAUCUCGUAUGAUGACCCGGAGAGCAUCGCAAUCAAGAUGAAGUAUGCGUCGUCCAAGGGAUUGGCUGGCGCGAUGGUGUGGUCCGUCAACAUGGACACUCCCGGCGGCGAGCUGAUGAGUGCGGUCCGCUCGUUUGGAAGUGGUGCCACCAGACGCGAUGCUGUGCCGCUGGCUGUUUCAUCCGCGCCUGCAGCUAUGGCUACCAGCGGUGCAUAGAGUGUCUGCUCAACCCGCUGUGCGACUGGUCGUGCAUGCGGGUCGUCAUCCCGACAGCCCCUCUAGCUAUCCAUUUAACCCCUCUCAGCUGUGUUUUAAAUACCCCAAAUUGAGCUAUGGUUACAUUUCCAACUUUUUUCGGCUACCGAGCCCAAAUCGGGCGACAGCUGAGUGUGAAGGCCGAUUUGGGGAGAGCCCUAGCUUAAGCGCCGAUCACCUCACGUGUGACAGCGGUGGUACUAUCGAGGGUUUACGCUGGGAAAUAGCCUUUUGCAUCUCAGGAACAUGUGUGUAUAGUAGUAUAUACGGUGCUAAUGCCGGCUGACGCAUUGGCGCCCAAGUAUGCGCGCUCUGGGACUAUAAAGAGCCCAGCAUAUUCGGUCUCCUCAACCAAGGCCCGUUAGCAAGCUCAGCAGUUCGCUAUUUGCAGUUUUCCGUUAUUUUUCUGUACGUCUUCCCUAUCAACCAGCACUUCCU